AUAAAACAUCCGCUAGGGGGCGUCUCAUUUCAGUCGACCCUUGCGGAGCUGAUGCUUGUAGCCCCGCCUCCCGGUUUGAUUGGCAGCUCAGUGGGACGAUAUCGUACGAUGUGUCGCGCGGUAAAAUGUUUGCCAGGAUAGCGGCAACUUUUGUCGCGACGUCGUGCAGGACAGGUGACGUUACGGCACAGGUAACACGCAAGGUGUACAGACAUUUUCACCAGAGAAGCCCGGCCCUACUGUCCGCCAUGGCAGAUGACAUCACCAGUGGUUUGGACGCUACGCAGGUGAAGCUGUUGGGAGAACAGUGUAUCCUGAUAGACGAAAACGACAAAGUCACGGGCUUCGAGACCAAGAAGAACUGUCAUCUCAACGAAAACAUCAAGAAAGGACUGUUGCACAGAGCCUUCAGCGUUUUCCUCUUCAACAACCAGGGGGAACUACUUCUGCAGCAGAGGUCUGAUGAGAAAAUCACCUUCCCAGGUUACUUCACCAACACCUGCUGUUCCCACCCGCUGAACCUCCCUGAGGAGUUAGAGGAGGCCAAGGCCAUGGGCGUGCUCCGAGCUGCGCAGAGGAAACUCGACCAUGAACUCGGCAUCUCAGCUGAUCAGGUUCCCCUGGAAGACUUCCACUUCUUGACCAGGAUCCACUACCGUGCGGAGUCCGAUGGUCUCUGGGGUGAGCACGAGAUCGACUACAUUCUCUUCAUCCAGAAGGAGGUGGACGUCAAACCCAACCCCAACGAAGUCAAGAGCCACCAGUACAUCAACAAGGAGCAGUUGCAGCACUUUCUGCAAACGGCUAAGGAGGAUGGAAGGCCAAUAACGCCCUGGUUUCAACUCAUUGUGGACAGGUUUCUGUACAGUUGGUGGGACAAACUAAACGAUGUGGACAGUCUGAAAGAUCAGGGAACGAUACACAGGAUUUUAUGAGAAGGUAAAAGAUAAUUUUCUAUACGAUUGUUCGGUUGUCUGGUUGAUCACACCCUGGUUUCAACUCAUUGUGGACAAGUUUCUGUACAGUUGUUGGGACAAACUACAUGACGUGGACAGUCUAAAAGAUCAUUGAACAAUACACAGGAUUUUAUAGGAGGAUAGUGGCCUAAUUCAGGCUUGCAACACCAGGCUUGUUUUCCAGCAUGAUCAACAUACCAGUAAAUAACCUUCUCAAUGUCUUACUUUAAUAAAGAAUCGUAUCUUCCGGUCUCAAUAACAAUUCUAUCAAAAGUUACUGGCUUACGUGUAUAUGUUUUACUACAUGUCCACUCUGAGAUGGUACUAUAUAGCACCAUUGUCACAGUGAUAAUGACAAUAAAAAGACCAUAACAUACUGUCCGUACUCAUCAUUUACAACUCAGAUCCUUGCCUCAGUUGUGCAAGGUUUCAGGGCAAAGAAUAGAUGAUAAUUAUGAAGUAAGUUUGAACUGUAAUUUCCAACACUUUCUGCAAGAUAACAACAUGAUCCUAUGGUCACAUGUGUCAUGUAAUCUACAUAACAUCACAGAAGCGGUCGAUUGCUAAUUUCUUGACAAAGACUGGAGUUGUGCAUUUGGAUCCAGUUUCUUGUGUUGGAACUUACAGUUCAAACUUGCUUCAUAGUUAACUCCUACCUACACAGAUGAACUUUCAAGAAUAGAUGUUGAUGACAACAAUAUGUACAAAAUAUGUUUCUUACUAUGUAACUUGCAUUGUAAUACUAGGCCAGUCACCUGUUUUCCUAUGGCCACGGACCAGUUUUCAUAAAAAUACUACUGAUAGUACAACAGCAUUGGUAGAUUUACGUGCAUUUACACAAUGACAUGUAUGAUUAAACAAUUUCUAUAUCUUUUACACAAAGAAGCUAAAAAUGGCAACUAAAACAACUAUACAGUCAAAAUAUGUAUAAUUUGUACUAAACAGAAUAUAAUCAGACUGGAAUUAUAAUGAUAUUAAUUAUCAUCAUGAUGCAAUUGCUUUUAAAACUGCUGUAGAAAAAUGGAAUGAUUUGAGUUUUGCUUCCAGAAUUGAUCUUCAAAUGAUUUUCUAAAUUUGGACCCCUAAAAUAGGUGAAAAACAGAAAAAUGCUAAGUUCUUAUAACCCUGUGACUUACUUCCUUGCAGCACCCAGCCUUAUUGCAUUGUAUAUAGGAACCUACAUUGUAAAAUGUACAGUUUCGGUAAAAUAAUAAGGUAUUUGAACACAAUUGCCCAUCUAUACCCGUGCGACCCACCGUAAUGCACUUCAGCUCAUAACUGCAAGGGGGAGUAGCAGCAUGGAUGCAUGUUUGUUGCUCAAAAGCCCUAAAUGUCAGAGGGAGACUCAGUAACAUCUUGUUUACAUGGUAAAUCUACAAAGACAUACAUUCCUUACUUGACAUAGGUAAACAUUAAAACCGUAAUGUACAGUUUUUAAAACCGUAAUGUACGGUUUUUGCUUUAAAAUUCGUCAACAGUAAAAUCUAUACUGAACUUUGAUAUCGAUGGUAAAUGUAUACAAGCAUGGAUGCAACAGUCGGCCAAUGUACCGCACCUGCAUGUGUGAAACCCAGAUUUUUCACAGUUUCUGUUGGAUGGUUUCAGAAUGUACAAUACAUUACAGAUUUUGUGCAGGCGCAGUGCAUUCUGCCAACGUGCUCACUGAUGCUCCAAGUUCUACUUUGUACCUAGCCAAUCACAAGUAAUAAUAGACUUUCCAUUCCUGAGAGGUAGCUGGAGUCAUUUCUGCCCUUACCCUAAUAUCU